CCUCAGACGAUACACCUGAGACCAUUUCAUAGCAUUACUUAAUUAACAUCCUCGGGGCAAUGGCGUAGUGACUACAUUAUCAGCUCAGAGGGUGUGACAAUCAGUCAGACGUGGGGGGCCCAAUGUUUGAUUUGCGCCAUUUACGGAAUCCUAAAGUCGCUGCUGCUCUAACGAAAUGAAAACAAAACGUGGAACGUUAAUUGAAAGCGAUCAACAUACAUAGGCGCUCGCUCUCCUGAGCUAAACGUUCUAACGAAUAUACCGCUCCAUACGGAUGGAGACCCUCUUCCGUGGUGACACCACACCCUCGCCGUUGGAUGCAUUCCACAGAUACGUGUCGCUCACGACACCUGGACACCUCCCACCAUCUGUAUGCGCGUCGGACUCUCUCCGCAUUAUGGAACACCAUCGGUCCCCACCCCUAUAAACCCCUCCCCCACCGCCCCACACACACACUUUGUGAAGAAAUAACGCACAAAGGUGGGAACCGCGCAAGCAGCGGUGUCUGUCGAGAGGUUCUUUCUGAGUUGCAGCGCCGAUCAAUCCCCACAGUUUGUCGUCAGAUGUCACCUCCGUGACUUUAAUCCGCCGUUUUGCCUCUUCCUACCGUAAUAGAUUACAAAUUAUUUUGUGCAGCGAGCGAGCAAGCUUGCAAGCCAGCCAGCCGCAGCGGUUACUAAUUACUCGUUAACCCAACGUAGAAAGAGAGCAUCAUCGGCAUCAGCAGCAGCAUCAAGAGGAAGGGAUCAAUCGGAGCGGGUGACGCAAAAACGUCUUGAGAUGUCGUUGUCAAAACCGCUGGAGACCGUGUGCGUGUCGCUGGUAAUCCUGUGCUCGGUCCACCUCUUCGUGGUCUUGGUCGUGUACUCCGAGGUGCCCGCGAAGGCCAUUUCGUUCCUGCGCCAAAGAAACCUGACGGACCGAUCGGACGCCGACGCCGUGUGGCCCCCUCCGCCGAUGAGGAAGACGCACCGGGCGGACCUCGCAAGCGCCACGCUCGGGGUGCAGGAGAACGUCGACGUUUCGGGCCAGAGUCCUCCCCGGGAACCCACGGAGCCGUGUUCCGACGACCCCGCAGGCCUUGUGGGGCCCCUUCUGGUGGAAUUCAACAUUCCCGUGACCUUGGAGGAGACAAAGACCAUGAACCCAAAGGUGCAAGAAGGUGGCCGGUUCCGUCCCGCAAACUGCAUCUCCAAACAGAAGGUGGCCAUCAUCAUCCCCUUCCGGCACCGGGAUGAGCACCUCAAGUACUGGCUCUACUACCUGCACCCGAUACUCCAGCGGCAGACCAUCGAGUAUGGCAUCUACGUCAUCAACCAGGUCGAUGACGCAUUAUCAGAUAAGCCCCAUGACCGACACAGCGUGGGGAAGCGCUCAUCAAGCAGUGGAGUGACUAAGUUUGGAGAGGGGGUGUUCAACCGAGCCAAGCUCAUGAACAUCGGCUACGUGGAGGCCCUCAAGGACGCCCCCUACGACUGUUUCAUCUUCAGCGACGUCGACCUGGUGCCCAUGGACGACCGCAACCUCUACCGCUGCUACGACAACCCCCGGCACUUCUCCGUCGCCAUGGACAAGUUCGGAUUCCACCUCCCGUACAACUCGUACUUUGGCGGAGUGUCGGGCCUCUCCAAGGCUCAGUUUGAGAAGAUAAACGGCUUCCCCAACAACUACUGGGGCUGGGGCGGCGAAGACGAUGACAUCUAUACCAGAGUGUCUCUGGCUGGAAUGCACAUCUCUCGACCAUCGGGCGAGAUUGGCCGAUACCGAAUGAUAAAGCACACGAAUGACAAGAACAACGAGCCGAACCCACAAAGGUUCAACUUGAUUCAGUCAACCAGCAACACGAUGUGGAAAGACGGCAUCAACUCACUUCAGUACUCGCUGGUGGAAAAAAAACUCGACCCACUCUAUACGAACGUCACGGUGAACGUCGGCAACCCUUAGGAGUAGAGACCCAAUGUGUCCACCUUUCCAGGUUUGACUGGUAUGACCUGGGUUUGACCCAGAGAGUCCGGGAAAUUGGUAUCUGUUGUCAGGUGGCAAGAAUUGAAUUUUACCGAGAUCUGGUGGCGUCGUGUUAAACUUUCUAACAGCAUUCCUGUCAACCCCUUAUCAGUGCCUACUUUAUUACAGACCAAUUCGGACAUUAUUGGUCACACUAUGCCCUUAUACAUCUCAUCGUUCAUCCUAGAAAGUCCCAUCACAAGGGAGAAACACAAAUAUAAAAAGAUGUUGCCCAUAUUGAAACAGCUGUACGCCGUAUGGGCAUGAAAACUAUUUUUCCCUGUACAAGAAUAUGGGUUGACUGGUAUUUAACAGUGCACUGCACAGUCUCGAUAGACCUCGGCUGACUGAAAAUGUCCGAGUUUGGUCUCUGGAAAGUAAAAAGGGUGACAAUCUUCUCUAAAGGGACCUCACUAUAUAUCCGUGGUCAUUUAUUCCACAGAUAUAUAGUGAGUUGUGUUUAUAUUGUAAAUUAAGUAUUCUAAAUUCAGUGGCAAAGCCUGGUUGGCAUGAGCCCCCUCCAUUUUUUUUGUAACCCAGAAUCUGGGCCCCACUGACAUGUAAGCAACGGUGCAGUUUCACCACCUGCACACUUGAUAGCUGCGCCAAUGAUUGGAUUUACAUGCAAGGUGUGAGUGCAUUGUAUAAAUUACGGUUCGUUUUUGUUUUUGACCUGGCCUGAGAGGCUCUGUAUUUGGGGUCAAUCGCGGGGAUUAUAAAUGCCCGAAAAAUAAGAGUAGGUUCUACCCUUUCUGGCAAUACUACAGGUAUUAAGAUAUUCAAACACCAAAUAGAAACCUUUUGCAAGGAAAUAAAGUCUGUAUUAACCACACGUACUUAUGUUGAACAUGCAAACAAACUCUGAUAAUAUAUGCAUUAUCUUUGAAACUGAUUGGCCUACACCAGAGACAGCCUUCUUUAUUGCCUAGUCUCACCGGGGUCAGACCAGAGAACGCCAAAAGGCGAACAGCACAAAGGCAGUGCAGGGUGAGCAGCAGACUAUCCCGAGGGUGAGCAGCUCCUCACCCCGAGCUAUAAAUGCUGUGAUACGUGCAUUGUCUUUGUACUGUUUGUAUGUUCACCACAAUCACGUGGUGAAUACAGACUUCAUUCCUUGCAAAAGGUUUCUAUUUGGUAUUUGAACAUCUUAACACCUGUUUUAUUGCCAGAAAGGGUAAAGCCUAUUCUUAUUUUUCAUACUUUGAUACUGACAAAAAAGGUAUCAUGAUAUAAUUGCCUCCUGUAGCGAUAUAGAAUCUGCUGAAUAUAGACAGUGGCUAAUAACAAUCCUUGUUAAUACAUAUUUUUACUUUGUAGAAUUUAUUUUUAUAUUAAUGCUGAUGGAAGGUCUCUUCAUAAACACACUUUUCAGCGUGAUGAAGAAUGGUCAAAUAAGUUCCCACGACCCCCCGCACGGCACGGAGACACCCUCGUCCAGCAGGGGAUUGACGUGGCUGUACAUGUACAUACUGAAUGGUACUUGGUGAAUAUUUGGUAAAGACACUUGGACAUUAAGACAUAUACAUAAGAAUCCAAAAUAGUUUAUGCAUUUUGUCGAAUUACCAAGUAUUUAACUAUCUAUGUUUACCUGUGGUGUAUGUAUCAGUGUUGAGUCCAGGCUUAGUUAAAGGGAAACAUGAUCAAAGUGAAAAUAAUCACUAAAGUCUACCAGUAUGAUACAAAGUGUUGAGUUGUUAUCUCUUCAUACCCAUACAGGUUGUAUUAUGUGAGACUUUGGAAAGAUUUCAGACAUGGGGUGGAAUUAUAUUUUCAUCGGUUUUAGGAGUUGGAGAAAAUUAAUGUCAUCCUCCACUGCCUUUGGAAUUGUCGCUCAAAAGCACAAAAAAAACAGACUUGUUUUUAAAUCCCGUGCAAUAUCGGGCAUGUAAUUUUGUAAACAUUUAAAGUGCAUGUGGGCAGUAGCAAUGUUUUCAUCUGAAAAUAUUCUGAUUUAUAAAAUGUGCUGGUAAACAUAUGUAAAAUAUGGCCUUGAGCCAGUUUGGUCUACAAGAAUGUGUAUUAGCCCAGAAAUAUGUUUCUUUAUUUUGUAAUUUGCUUCCUAAAUGUUAGUUGAGACACAUUUACUGUGUUGUCCUUUAAUUCCCACAGCUUUCCAUUAGCCAAGCUUUGAGAUUCUCAAUCACUGGGUUCGGGUCCCUGAAUCCCUUAGCUCAGAGGUCGACAACCUGCGGAUCUUUAAGGACUGCUUCGUGACGUUAUUUAUCAAGGAACGUCUCGUAUUCACGUGCAUUGCGGCUCAUAAAAUAUGGAGUUUUUUUUACCGAAUUCGAAAAAAAUGGCUGCUUUUGUUAUUUUGGUUGCAGACCACUGACCAAACCCACAUGUGCAGAGUCGAUAUCAAGCCAGUGGUGCUGCCACUGGGAGUGUCGUGGAUGUCCCCAACCCUCUCAGCAUUUUGAGAUAAGGCCAAGAGACUCCCAAAACAUUAUUGGGUACAAGUUCAGUGUUUUUCAGUUUCCAUGGUUUUUCCUGCCUUUAACAAUGUGACGUCAUUGAUAAUGAUGACAGAAACUUUAAAUGCAUAAGGAAUCGUUGGCUUCGGAGUCAGAAGCCAAUAGUCGCAUAUAUUUAGUAUAAUCAAAGCAUAAAAUGCCUCGUUGAUCAAGUGGGGCUUGAAACUCCCAGAUCCCAUCUGCAAUCUAACUUCCACAGAGUGUCUGGACCCCUGACUAGCAUCACUGUCCUGUGCAGUGUUGAUGGGGUAGCUCUUGCACAGUUGCACGUGCACACACACACACGUAAAUGAUCGUGCUGUUCUACAAGGACUAGAGAGCUGGCCUCAGUAAACUUGCUCUUGCAGUCUAUGGAUUUACGUUUAAAUUACUUAAUACAUGUGAAAAGCGGUGGUGCAGUGGUGAGUACAAUGAACUACGAACCUGGUGACCUGUGGUUGAUUCCCCGCCCCGGCUAACGUCAUUAUCGAGUUAUAUCCGAACUAGUCGUGGCCUCCCCUCUUCAAUAAUUAUCGCUACUAAUAAUCAGUGUGGGGAAGUAUGAUCACAAAACCCCCGUGACAGACAUAGCUUCAUCCAGCAGUGGAUUAACAAGAGACUGGAAAUUAUCACUUGUUUUCAAACACAUAAAUGAUAAUCACUGACAUAGAUUCUCAUGAAGUUCGAGAAAGACAAGAGAGCUGAAAUUUGGCACAAGUAAUGCUUCGAUCUAUAAAAAUGUGUUUAAAUGUAUGCGUCAACAAAUAUGAAAAUAUAAUAUACAUGCCAAUUGAUGUAUCGAUCAUAUUCUUAACAAUGAACCUUACCGGUGGCUUACAAUUGUUCGUGGCUGAAUUUAACAUCGACUUUUCGCUCAAACUGCUUUGAGCUUCAUCAGGGGUAGUCUUCUCGGGAAUCGGGUUGGUGUACGGUAUUGGUUUUUUUAUUUUGUUAAUACACGUUGGUAUCUAGGCCAUGUUUCACAAAAAUAUAUAUUUUUUAAACAUUUAAGCACAUGUUGCUGUGGUGCAAGCUGUUCUUGUUGAACAAUGUGAAUAAACAACAUAGCUAAGACAUUUAAUAUUUGUUGGGAAAAAUGUAACUGUAAUAGACAAAACUGAACGAGUAACUGUAAAAUUACGCUCCUAUGCACAUACUUGUGACUAUAUGUAUUAUGGUGUUGUGUUUUAAAUGUAUUUAUAUGUAUAAUUUAAUCAUUGUCAAAAGGUAGAAAUAAUUCAUUAUAACAUCGUGUUCUACUCCCUUGGUGUUUUGGCCUAUUGGGGCAUGACCAUUCCUUCACCAAUUUCUUGCAGCAAUCAUUCCACUACCCGUACUCACAAUCCAUUCGAUCUGGUUAUCCUCUCAUGAGCCCUGGCAGAAAAUAAUGUGUUUUUUUUAUCUUUUGAACAAUGUCCUUAGAAUACAUGAACAUGCGGUAUGGAUACUUUAACUGAUUUGCACUGUGUGGUGUGAUGUGAGCCGUUUAAUAUUAUUUUGUUUAUUUGUAUUUCUUAAUGAAAAGAUGAUUCAGAAUGUUUAACCAUUCUCUCCAGGUAAUCUUUAUGAUUAUGGUAUAAUGUGGGCAAUAGUGCGUGGCACAUUCACAAUAAAAUUUGAU